GCCUUUUCAGCUUGAAACUCUCCUCAGCAUGGCACAUCAGUAUGACUACACCACCACUGAGAGAUUUGAGAAAAAGAAUCACAAAGAAAUUGAAGAAUUAAGACAAGAGAAUGGAAUCCUCAAAUUGGAAAUCAACAAAUUAAGGACACAACUACAGGACAGACAAAAUGAAUUGCACAACUUCAAAGACAGAAUGGGAAAAGUAGUGGACCUGAAAUUAGGAAGUAGUGGGGUUUUGUCUGAAGACCUCACUAACCCCUGCAGAGAAUCUGAACUGAAACAUAUGUAUGAGAAAUUGAGCAAGAAUCAAUGGGCGAAAGUCCUGCGGCAGCUAAAGACAGGAGGACCUGAAAUGACCAAAGAAAAAAUAAAGGAGAUCAGGAAGAAGGCAGAGGGCGUAAUCCAGGCUGUUCUGCAUCAAUCACAGCAUGAUAUUCAGAAAAUCACGGGCACAAUGUUAUGCCUCACACCGAGCAGCCAAGAUGCUUCCCAUAACUCUAAGACAACACGGUACUUUGAUUUGGCCAUCCAAAAUAUUCAGAUGGCAAUCUAUCAGGAAAAGAAGGAGCUCUACAACAGGGACAAGUUGCAGGAUGUUCCUGAGGCUCUGUACCCGAUGAUUGAUGAUUGCUACAAGACUGGGUGUUUGAUGGCUUUACAUAAUCCACCUCUCCUGCUGGACUGGGGCAGCUGUGGUCAGGGACUGUUCCCUCCGAUAAAAACCGGGAAGUUUAGUCCUGUUGUUGAGAGAGAUGAGGAAACCAAUGCUCUUCGAAAGAGUUGUGCUGCUCAGGCUGGAGCUCAGAUUUCUCAUGGAAACAGAGAAAUUGUAAAGCUUGAUCCUAUUAAAGAGAGAGAAGAGGAAACAGAUUUUCUUCAAAGGGAGAAACCUGAACCUGACAAAGAGAGAGAAGAGGAUGUUAAUGGAGCUCUAACAGAGACAUCACUUCCUGUUCCUGCUGCUCAACCUCAAACCCCAACUCAUCAGAGACAGAGGAGUGUUCCAGAAAAGCCUGACUUUUUCAGUAAGAAAGAAGAGGACAACAACAAUCCUUCAGUGGUUUCUGCUUCUCAGCCACAACCUCAAACUACCCAGAAACACAAAAGUGAUUCGGUUCCUGCUCCUCAGCAACAACCUCAGCCUCCCCAGAAACACAAUAGUGAUUCGGUGAAGCCUACUCCUCAGAAACAGAGACAACAGAAUAAAAAUGCUGAUCAAGUGAAUUUUUCUGCUUCUCCAAGCAGACGUGAAACUCCUUAUAGAGCUACAGGAGCACAGUCUAGUUCUGCUCUUGCCCGGAUGCUGUCUUGGUUCACACCCGACUCGUUCACAUCAAGCCGCCGCUAGUCUCCCCUGCCAAAGUUGUCCAGUCAUACAGGAUCUCUUCUAUGGAUAACAUUUGUGUACAUUUAUAGUUGAGUGCUAAGGGGAUGUUUUUUUCAACUCCCCCAAGGCCUCUUUCCUCAUCAUUGUUACCUGUGUCUUUACUUGUGUAAUUCUGUCCCCUCCUCAGCAUUGCAUCAAUUGUUGAUUGUAAUCAUUGGUGUCACCUAUGCCUGGUUGAUUAAUUAAACAUUUUUUGAUUCUGAGA